AAGAAGGCGGAAGUUUAUCGCCGAAACUGUCAAGAUGACCGUGGUCAGUACCAUGAUGCUCGAAAGAUCUCCGGGAAGUGCUCAUAUGGCAUAUCAGAUAGACCAGACAUUAUCAUCAUCUCUGUUUCAUACAGCAGCUGUCAUGUUCAGAAAACGGUCCAUGGUGGAAAUAUUACAUUCUGGGUCAAUAUUGUCGUGGUAAAGAUUCCCUAUUUCAAGCAAGGAUCAACAUCUAGAGACUCUCUCUUUAAAUUGGCUGUGUCUUGUACAUAUGCACUACUUAAUACUAGCAACAGCACAUCUGUUGUUAAUAUCGGAACUCCAGUUUCAACUGCUUCUGUCCUGAAAGAGGAGGGCAUGCUCCGUGCUCAGAUGAGAUUUGCCACAGAUUCUUCUUUCAGGAGCUUCUAUAAGAUCCAGGCACAUCCUGUGAUGCACACACUGGGGGAUCCAGUAUUUGUGGAGGUAUUUGUCUUAAAACAUGAGGAUAAAGACCUUGAGCUUGUGCUUAAUGAGUGCUGGGCUACAUCCAGUCCUGACCCACAUGAUGAGCUCAGAUGGAAUCUGCUUCAUAAAGGUUGUCCUCGACAGGAUGAUGACUACAAAGUUGAAGUCCUAGAAGUUCGGCCUGGCGAUAUAGUAAAAUAUCCCAAGCUUCACAAGUGGCUGAAGAUUACAAUGUUCUCUUUUGUGGAGAGUGAAGACCUCUAUGACUCUAUUUAUUUGCAUUGUGAUGCAGAAGUUUGCAAAGGAGCUCGGUGUCUGAGGACCUGCAAUAGAAAGAGGAGACAGUCUGGUGUCCAGAGGAUUCUCAAUGAAGGAUUAGUUAUUCGAGGGGGGGCUCUGAUUUUAGGCAUGUGAUUGCAUCAGUGGCAUCUAGCUGUUGUGUUCAAAAAACCUGGAAAACUAGUUUGAAUACUUGUGUAUAGUGGUAAAAGAACUAAUGUAAUAAAUGGAAGCCAAAACCUG